UUGUUGCAUCCCUGAGCUGGAACAAGACAUUCCCAGCAACUGCCAAGGUGUGGCAAGGAAGUGUCCUAGCCUUGCCAUCCAGAGCUGCAGGUAGGAAUCCUGUGGAAUGGGAGUGCAUUUACCUUGUGUCAGAAAGUACUUUAGAGCUCAGUCUGCACCACCCUGUCUGCAGGGUCAUGAUUUCUGGGCCUAUGAUGAAUCCAGGGAUGAAUCAGAUGGACUCACAGUCACCAUCAAAACCAGGGCGAGUAGGGAAGAUAAAAAAGUGUUUUGAGCAGUGAAAUCUCUAAAGCAUCAUCAGAGACCUUCUGACUGAUAUCAGUACUUGCUAUUUUUCUUAAAUGUCUCCAGCAGCAAGAGUUACAAAUGGUGGCUUGUUCUGAAAACUGAACUUACUUUUCAGAAGAUUUUUCAGGGAGGGUAUGCUGAGACCAGCAGGUGCUUUUUUACAGCAUGAGACCGUCUGUGAAGGUGGCUUGGCACAACUCCUCAGCUCAUUUGACUUAAUGUUUUUACAUUUUCCUGUAGAAACUGAUGUACAUUACAGGACACCGUGACCAUUUUGUAUUGGAAAACAGAGAUGGGUAUUCUUGCUGUACUUGCUCUACCAUUGCUUCUCUUAGGGAUCAGUGGAAUUAUUUAUCUUUACCAGUCAGUCAGGUGGCUAUUGUCCAAGUCAGCGGUGCAAAACAAGGUGGUGGUGAUUACGGAUGCCAUUUCUGGACUAGGCAAGGAAUGUUCUCGUGUGUUUCACACAGGAGGAGCAAGGCUUGUGUUGUGUGGCAGGACAUGGGAAAAGUUAGAAGCCUUGUAUGAUGCCUUAAUUAGCGUGACAGACCCCAGUAUGACGUAUGCGCCAAAGCUCAUACUUCUGGAUAUCUCAGACAUAAACUGCAUUCGAGAUGUAGCUAAGGAAAUCCUGAAUUGCUAUGGCUGUGUGGAUAUACUAAUCAACAAUGCAAGUAUGAAGGUGAAAGGAGCAGUGCAGAGCAUUUCAUUGGAACUUGAUAAAAAGAUAAUGGAUGCCAACUAUUUUGGACCUAUAACAUUAACCAAAGCCAUUCUUCCCAACAUGAUCUCAAGAAGAACUGGCCAAAUUGUUCUAAUUAAUAGCAUUCAAGGGAAAAUAGGAAUCCCAUUUCGUGCAGCCUAUGCUGCCUCCAAGCAUGCUGCUGUAGGUUUUUUUGAUUGUCUUAGAGCUGAAAUGGAAGAAUUUGAUAUUUCUGUCAGCACUGUGAAUCCAACUUUCAUCUGUUCGUACCAUCGCCAACCAGCACCUGGCAACUGGGAGGCAUCUAUUUGGAAAUUCUUUUUCAGGAAGGUGGCAUAUGGUGUACACCCAGUGGACGUAGCAGAGGAAGUCUUGCGCACAGUGAGCAGGAAGAAGCGGGAGGUGCUUAUGGCCAACCCUAUCCCCAGGGCAGCAGUUUACAUUCGAACCUUCUUCCCUGAGCUGUUUUUUGCCAUUGUUGCCUCAGAAUACCUACAAAGGAAAUACCUGCUCUGGAGGCAUGGAACCAAACUACUCUUGCUGCUACAAGUCCCAUUGCUCAUGUAACUUUCGACAGCAGAUCACUUAUAUACUUCAUUCAUCAGCAGAGUCUCCAAACAUGAACGGAAUUCUGAGGGCAAGGAAAUAUAUGACUAUCAUCUUGCAGGGACAUUAACUUUUUUGCUGUAUCUGUAAUUCAAUUACUUGGACUUCAAGAAACCUGACUCAGGGAGGUAGUUGACCACAGGGGAGAAGACGACAGUUCCUGCAGUACCUGUUGGAGCUCCAUCUAUUUUCUGUUGUAGCACUGGGGUUUUAUUGUUGCGUGAGUGACUAUACCUUAACUGGGAAGUCAAACAAUGACUUUGUUCAAAAUUUUCUAGCUCCUCACCAGAACUCUACUCCUUCAAACAAAUGGGCAUUUGCUGUGAUUUCAGUUUUACCUGUGUCUGUACCUCAGCAAAAGCCAAGCCCUUCAUAAUUCCACAAAACCCAAAUGUAGAAUAACUGGGUAAUUUAAUCAGAAAAGGAUCAGGAAUCGUAGGACAUCACUGCUAAACAUGAAUCAACAUUUUUUGUAGCUGCCCCAUCCCUGGAAGGCCAGGUUGGGGUGUCCCUGGCCAUGUCAGGGAUUGGAACAAGAUGGUCCCUUCCAACCCUAACAAUUCUCUGAUUUCCUUGAUUUCUAUUAUUUUAUUGCUUUGUUGUAAAAACAAGUGGAUUACAUGUUAAAAUAAGCUGAAUAAUUCUUCUGCUCCAUUUUGCAUGUUCUAGAUAUCAGCAGAAAUUUUUCAUGCAACUUCAUUUCAAAAAUGUGAACAGUUCAAGGAGCCACAGUAAAUAGCAAUGAGAGUGACAAAGGUAAAAUAACACCUGUGACCCAUCAAGAAAUUUUUGAAGAACAGAUGUGUUUUAAUCUAGAAAGUAGAAGAAAGAUAUAUCUUAAUGGUUUUCAAAUUCCUAAAACGUACUGCCAAGAAGAUAGAAUUAAACAUUUUGCUCGAGUAGGACAAUGUGCUAAAAUUGCUGCAAAGGAGAUUUACAGGGACAGAAUUUUCUGCUAAGAAUAGUUAAGCACAAAGGAUAAAUUGCCAAAGAAAUUUUCAAAUGCCUGUCUUUGCAAGCUUUAAAGAAGGGAUUAAUGAAACAUCUGUAAAAAACCAAUGUAGCUUUAGUUUAUCCUGCCUAGAGGAAAAGAAGGAUUAGAUGACCUUUUAAAGAGGUCACACUUUUCUCUUAUUUGAUGUUUUUUUCUCAUCUUGAGAACAAUGUUUCUCCACUGGUAUUUCAGAAGCAGUAUUUUUUUUUCCUCUGGGGAAAUAAAUUAUUUAAUUUGAAGUUUUCUGUUUCAUUUGUCUGUCUCUGUUUCGCUGUCACAUCUGUGGAUAUCUGUUGUAUAUAAAAAUAUUAUGAUAACAAAUAGAAAUAUUAUAAGUUCAGUAAGAGGUGUUUUCUGUGAGCCUCACUCAACUGUAUUUAAUCUAUGUAGAUUCUGUAAUAAUACUAACUUUUAUAAAUGAGGACAGCACUAGGCCCGCAGAUUUAGUUGUAGGUCAUAGGAGAAAGAUAAUCAGCUACAACUCCUUUAAUUAAUUUUUUAAGCUCAUAUGCCCAAAGGGCACAUAAUGUUCUUUCAAUGUGACCUGCAGUUGCACUAUUUUAAGUUUAUGGGGUUUUGUGCUGAAAUCAACUGUUACUUUUGUUGUUCAAAAAAAUCGACAUUGUUAGGCAUUUCUAGACACAAGGACCCUUGAGGUAAGGAAGAAUUUAAAAGUGAGGAGAUUCUUGUUUAAUUUUAGACAUCUGUCCUAGAUACAGCCCACUCAAGGCUGACCUCCCAGACCCCCUUCUUAAGUGGUGGAAAGAAACAGGUGUCUAUAGUCUGACUUGUCUGACUUAUCUGACUUGCAGCUCAGGAUAAUAAGAAUUGCAUCCCUGAAGUGCCAGUACAAGUGUAGAUCUAUGUAUCUCUGCCACAGGUAUCUGAAGUUUACUGAGAUGCCACAUUCAUCAAGAUUGAUUGGGUCUAAAGAAUUGGAAUGAAAGUGCCUCAGUUUUUAACCUGCCUUCAAAUAAUGUGGUUCCAGGACUUACUGGGAGUCAGAAGUUUACAUAAAGGCCAGAAUACAAAACCCUGGGUUACAAAUAGGGAUAAGAAAUCUUGCAUUUCAUCAGGUGAAUUUGUUUACCAGACAUCCAGCAGAAGACAUAUAUCUUCUUGAAUGGUUACUAUGUGAGAAGAACAAAGUUUGAGAUUUAGGAAUUGAUCUUGAUGGGGUCCUAUUGGACAAUUAUUUAAAAGCCCUUGUUCACACAGAGCACUUUACGACUGCAACCCACUGUAAGAAAAAUCCUGAGGAAACAGCAUAUGGCAGAGACUGGCCAUCUGUGUUAGUAAACUGCAGGCUAAGAAAAAAAUGAGGAACUUACUUAGGUCUUCUAAAGGACUUGUGGGCACUAAACGAGCAUGUUCCUGGAUGAGGUGGAAAUUCCUCAGUGACACCCAGAAACAACAUGAGAUGGGUAAAGAUCUGUUGUAAAAAGAGAUAUUACAAGUGCAAAAAGCAUAAAGUCAGACGGAAUCAGGAAUUCCUAUAUCAGUGAAGAUGUUAGAAACAUCACCACCACAAAAAAAUAUGUGAAACUAGGGGAAGGAAUUAAGGUCUUGUGUUCUGGUCAAGGGAUUGAGACUGCUUCUACCAGAGUGAAUAGCAACCGCUCUGACAACUGAUAGAGAGGAACGGAAGGUGGCAGUUUCAGAACACUGUAAUGAGUAAAGACAGACUUUUCUAAAGAUGAAAAGGGAAAUAUUAUUGCUGUCUGCAGCUACCUAGUGGGUUGGUAUAGAGAAGAAGGAGCCAGAUACUUCUCAAAUGUGCACAGUAGAAAUAAAAAAGGUAAUGGACACAAAUUGGAGGACAUGGCAUUCUGAUUUGAUGUUAGGUAUGCUUUUUCUACAGUUGCAGCAGCGAAGCACUGCAACAGGUUGCCAACAAGGUCAGGAGAUCUCAUUUCCUCAAUAUAUUCAAAAUUCAACUGCUUGAGUCUCUGAACAACACUAUUGGCCUGGCUUUCAGGGGGAAGGUUGGACCAGACACAAACCUCAUGACCUCAUGACAGACUUCUCACAACGAAUUUACAAUUUAAAUUAUUCUUUAACUAUUUGUGAGUCUAUAGAUAUCGGUGAGUCUUGUAGGUGGUCUCCAACCAAAAUAGUUUUGAUAUUCUCUCAGACAGAGAGUGUAAUUCUGUCAGUUUUCCCACUGGAUGGGAAAACUUGAAUGAACACCAAAUGCUGAAACCACUGCAAAUAAUGAAACUGCAGUCAAGUUAGGCAGAAAUCAUAAAAUCAACACUCAUGAAAGUUAUGAGGAGAUGACUUUGGGUAUAAAUACUUGACUGACAUCCUUUCAUGAGUGUCACAAAGCUGUAUGUGAUCAGGAGUCAACUGCAGGAUACAGUCUACCCCAGCUCCUAUUCGCAUUUGGUUGGUUGGUUGGUUGGUUGUUCUUACAGUUGUUAUGGCCCACCCCAUGAGGUGGGGUAACUGAGGUUCUUGCUAAUAGAUGCCAGGUCUAUUUUGAAACAAUUUAGUUGCCAUGGAAAGGAGUUAUGUAGCCAUUUUGGUUAUUAUCUAUAGAAAUACAGCAAUAUAAAAGUAUAAAAAUAUCACUUAAGAAAACAUAAAAGAAAGAAAGGAUAAGAUUAGAUAGUAGAGAGGGAAGAUAUCACCACCUGUGGACAAAUUUCGAUGCCUGUUGGUAAAGGUGAUGGUCACAGUCUUGAUCCAUUGCGGCUGGGGGCCCAUGAACCCAAAAUUUCAAUGGGUUAAUACAUGUUUAGGUUCAGGUGAGAAUGACCAGGUACCUCCCCUGGCGGGAGUUUUACACUGUCUGAUAUAACACUGUGCGUGCAUGCAGUCCUCUGGUGGAAGGCCUCAGAAAUGAGUCUGGGGGUGCCUUGGGGGUCCUUGAUGGUUUAUGGCCCCUUCUAAGACAUGACAGCUGCCUCUCACACCACUGUAGUUGAGGCAGUUAUUCCCCAUCAGAAAGGAUGAAAACCCUCAGGCCUACAUGUGAAUGUCCCGAUACAUCCCUCUGGGGAGAGUUUUAUACCUGAGCUUUAUUGGAAGGCAUGAUAAAAAGCAUUAUCCCACCUCACGGAAUCUGCCUUCUUACUGGCCUUUUCCCUUAUCUGGCUCAAAACUCAUCUUGUUGCUAAACCAAGGUUGGUGUGCCAUGGUCAUCCUCUGGCUGUGGGUGCACAUCCCCUCUGCACCCGGGCUGUUCUUACGCAGAUUGGAGGUUUCACCACCACAUACCCCAAAAAGUCUCCUCCUCCCCUUUGCUGGGGUAGCAUAAACCUGGUCUCAGCAAAGCAUCUACUGCUUUUGCAAAAGGCCGAUUGUUUGAGUCAUUAACCUUGAAUUUUUCAGUCUCUCAGAAGGGCGUUCAUGAGUGUUUAAAAGCUGGGAAUACGUUAAAUGCUAAACUAAUAAGAAUACUGUAGCAAAUGUUCUUUCUAAAAUUGAAAACGAUGGUGUACAGUGACCGUAAAUUAAUAAUAAAGCCAGCAGCUUCCAUAUAACUUUUCUUAUUUUCACAGGACAUGAAAAGCAUGAAGAAAUUAUGAUGUUGAUUUUAAAUUGUACACAUUGAGAUGCUGUUAUAGGACAGUAACCUACAACUGUUGAUUGUAGGACAAUAUAGGCUAAUGAAAAGGAAUUUCUGCUACUGGGUACCGGGCCAAAACUUGAAUCUUAAAAAUAAAGGUUCAUUUGUAUAUGAAAUAUACUGAAAGAAGCAACCAGUACUAAAGAGAACAAACAAACACGCAAACAAACAAACAAACAAAAAAAGGCUCCAAACAUUUCCAAAUAUUGGAUUUGAGUUUUGGGAGGCAGCAGGGGCAGGACUGUGGGAUAACUCAAGUAGGAUAGUACUUCAGGAAGUUUUUGGUUCACCCUCCUGUCAUCUGUGAGGUCAGACCAAGUUGCUCAGAGCUUUGCUUAGUCUGGUCUUGAAAACCUCCGAGCAGGAAGGCUGCACAGCCUCUUCUUGGCAGCCUGGUUCACUGCCUGACAAGUCCCCACAAUGAGAAAGCUUGUCCUUGUAUUCAGUUCAAGUUUCUCUCAGCUGAAUCUAUGCCCAGUGUCUCUCAUUCUCCUACAGUGCACCAGUGUGAAAAGCCUGGCUCCGUGUAAUAAACAACUUUCUUGUGGAAACUGGAAGCCUGCCUGACAUUGUAGAGCUUCAGGUCCCUCUGAAGUCUCCUCUGCAGGCAAAAAAAAAGCCUUAGCCUCUUCUCAUACCACAUAUGCUCCAGUUCUCUCCCCCAUCUUUGUGACCAUCUGCUGAACUUGAUGCACUUUGUUCCUGUUAUUCCCAUUUUGUGGAGCCCAAAACUGGAUUCUGUAUGUCAUUUAACAAAUCACUUCUCUGGAUCUACUGGGUGUGUUCCUGUUAAUACAGCCGAAGAUGCUGUUGGCGUUCUUUCUACCAGUUGUAUUUUCAGCUUGCUGUGAUCUCAGUUCAAUAAAAUCCCCAAGUCCAUCUCCACUGAGUUGAUCUGCAGCAGCCCAACUGUGCAACCACAUCUCUUGUUCUAAAGGUACUGCAGCUCAUUGGCUGCAUGUGGAGAUUUAGUUCUUCUCACUUGUUUCCCAGACUGUUUGCAUUUGUAUACAUAUGCUUAGGGGGUGGGGCUUUCUUUGCCCUGCUUUAUCACACCUGAGAUCUCAUUUUUUCAUGUCACCUUGCACCUUUUUCUUUCCACCACUGUAGACUUCUAUUUCAUGACAAAAUCUCACUUCUCUAUUAUUCCUAAAGCAUUCUUAAAGUAUUUCUCAACAUGUUGGCCAGUUUUGCCCAGUGGACCCUCUUUCUCCCCAGCUGUUCCUCAUCCUCUGAGAGAGACCUACAGUUGUCAAAGUCAAAGCCCUGUCACAAAGACUGCUGUGCAAAAUCAAGUGUUGACCCACAUGAUCCAUGCCCUACUUCCAAGCCUUGUCCUCUCAAGACCAAUGAGAACACCACCUUGGCCCUAAUGUCCUACACCUUCACCCUCAGAAUCAUAUAGGUACUCUUCCCUUGGUCGGUGUCUCCUGGACAUUACUACUGGUGUUCACAUGGAUAAUCAGCAUGGAAUUGCAGUCUAAGGGCUGGACUGGCUUCAGCAGUCCACCUGAAAUACCUCAGAUCUAAGCCCUGAACAAACAGCAAACAUGCCUGUAUAUCAAGUCAAGGUACCAAGCCCUGAAAGACACAGUUUCCCACUGCUGGCACUUGCCAUGCUUCCUGGUUCUGCUGCAUGUGUCAGGCUCAGCUGGCUCCAAGUGCUCCCCAGGCAGAGCUCACAGCCUCUUGCUUGCUGCUGGAGAUGGAAAGUAUUAUGCAGUUGCAGAUUUGCCAUUAGAGAAACAGUCAUGCCCCUCUUGCCAGAAGCCACAACAUCCAGCAUUCCUGUCCCCAGGAAUCAACAAGUGGUCCCAGGCACUCCCUAGACCCAGAGGUUUGCAUUCUUUCUCAGGAGAUGAGUCUGUGCUAGGAUCUCUGCAGUGCCUGUUGCUCCUGGGGCAGGGACAAUGUCCACUGAGGUGUCACCUCCAAUGCUGAGCAUUCACACACUGCCUUCAGCAAAGUUCCUGUCCUUGGCAAAGCAAUAUUCUGGGCCCUAACUUUGCAAUUCAGCACCCAUAUAGCUCUCUCCCUAGUACUAGUGGCAUGAAUGUAUGAAACUCCCUGAUGGGGAGCCAGUUUUUCCCACCUGCAACCUGGAUCUGAGGAACCUUGAACUCGCUCCCAGAAGAACUGAAGCAGAGGCCAGGACUGUUGCACAAAUUGCAAGCACCAGCAGCAAGCAACAAUCCAAGCAGCGUCUGAGGCCCCUACCGGCAUCCUGCCCACAUACUUCCAGUCCUGAGGUCACUGCACUCCCAAAGGACAGUCAGGGUGAAGUACACAGCGGAUGGAGGUUGGGCACAAAGUGCCACCACCCCUUUAUGGGCUUUCCACCACGUUCCUUCUGAAGAGAUGGGCUCAUGUGUUGCUCUGUGAUCUCACCUUGAGAGACUGCUAUUAUCUAACAAUUUUCUUCUCUUACCUCUAAUGGUUUACUUUUGAGCUAAUUGUGCUUCUCUGUUAUCAGCUCCACCUUAUCACUGGCCAUAAACUGACCUGCUAUGGAUCCUGCUGGCAUAGCAAGCUCAAACUAUAUUUAUUGCCUGAAUAAAAAUGUAAAGUGAUUUUUCCAAAGCCCAGAGCUGCUCAGUAUACUAAGACCUCUGCCAACCAGAGUUCACAAUUGUGUUUUCUUAAUGGGCUCAUUAACAGGAGCAUUUACCCAAAAAUGAAGACAAACUGCUGUCCAGCAAAGUAGGCACACAUGGCUCAGUUCCGUGGGGAAGUUCCACACUGAUCCUCACAGUGGAACAGCUGUGUGUUCCUGAUCUCUGAGGGUUGUAAUAAUUUCUACUUUAUCAUUUUUAAUGUGAUUAUGGAUGCUUCAUGUGUAAUAAUCACAAAUCAAAUUUUGGUUCUUUUUGUCACUGUUGCCAGAAUGAUUCCUAGAGAAUUCUAUAGGUGAGUUGUGUGCUGUCCACAACAAUGUAUCUUUCAGAUUUCAGUUUGCCUUCCUGAUUGUUUUGAAUAAGCAGUGUUUACUUUGAAAGCCUCUUCCCUCUAUUAGCCUUCCUUUCACAGCAAAUCUACUAUGCAUAUACUGAAACACUUGAAUCAUAACCUGCAAUUCACAGAUUUUCCUUUUCCUUCCUCCAAAGAGAUUGUACCUUUAAUUACAAAAAAAUUAAUCAAGCCAUGCACCAUGUGUCUUAUUUGCUGCCCUGUUCUUUGUGAGUAUUGGUUUUGGUUUGGGGAUGGGAUUUUUUACAGUCUUUUCAAUAAAGAAUAGAGUGGAAUCCAUAGUGCUCUGAAAUUCUAACAAACUCACACGCUCUGUGUUAGCAUUAGACACUGCUUAAAAACCAGAGCAGUAGGGGACCUGCAUCACUACUGUUUUCUGAAAAGAGAAACCUGAAUCUACUUUUCCAAUAUAAAGAUUUCCUUGAAACAUCCAUGGAAAUAUCAUUUAUUCAUUGUCAGAGACUGAAACGGUUAAUGAUUUAUGCAUUCUAAGAGACUUCUGCAGGCUUUUGACUUUCUGAUGGGCAACUGGGCCCAUCCCCCCCCCUCCUCCAGUGCAGAAGAUGUCAAGCCCCGAAAAGGCGGGAAGAGCCGAGUUUACCACGCCCUCCACAUGAACUCCACACCAAAAAGGGGGACACCAACCUAUGAAAACAACUCCCCGCCUUGGGGGAGGUGCAAAGGAUAUGGAUUUUGACUGGUGACUUUGGGGGUUUGGCGGGGUUUUUGUUUUUCCUUCUCCCCCCACCACCUGCGGAUCAAGACAUCGCUGGAUCCAGUGGGCAGUGAUUAUCUCAUCUUCUUUUUUUUCUUGCUCUCCCUUACUCUUACCCUGUCUUUCUCUGCCCUAUGCAUUUUUUCUCCUCCCCAGAAAGGUUAUGACAGUACCCAAAAUGUUAACAUACCUAUUGAUACAAAAUUGUUAAAAUAAAGCUUGUCAAUAUAUGUUUUCAGACACAGA